CCGAUGGGAGUUGUAGUCCUGCGGGUGCAGCGCAGGGAGGAAACCAAACUGCUAGCCCCUCCCACCUCUGCCCGGCGGGAGGAAGCGGGCCCGGCGCCCGGGGGCUGGGCUCCCAACUUCUCUCUGCGAUGCUGCUGCUGUGCGUGUCGGUGGUCGCAGCCUCGGCGCUGGCAGCACCAGCUCCCGGGACUAGCCGGGAGGGGCGGGGAGCUGCUCAGGAGCGGCCCGAUGCGCCUAACGUGGUGCUAGUGGUUAGCGACUCCUUCGAUGGAAGGCUAACAUUUUAUCCAGGAAGUCAGGUAGUGAAACUUCCUUUUAUCAACUUCAUGAAAGCACAUGGCACUUCCUUUCUGAAUGCCUACACAAAUUCUCCAAUCUGCUGCCCAUCACGUGCAGCAAUGUGGAGUGGCCUCUUCACUCACUUAACGGAAUCUUGGAAUAACUUUAAGGGGCUAGAUCCAAAUUAUACAACAUGGAUGGAUAUCAUGGAGAAGCACGGGUACCAAACACAAAAAUUUGGAAAACUGGACUAUACUUCAGGACAUCAUUCCAUUAGCAAUCGUGUGGAGGCAUGGACAAGAGAUGUUCCUUUUUUACUCAGACAAGAAGGCAGACCUAUGGUUAAUCUUAUCCCUAACAAGACUAAAAUAAGAGUAAUGGAAGGGGAUUGGAAGACUACAGACACAGCAGUAAACUGGUUAAGAAAAGCAGCAGUUAAUCACACUCAACCAUUUGUCCUAUAUUUGGGAUUAAAUUUACCACACCCUUAUCCUUCACCAUCUUCAGGAGAGAAUUUUGGAUCGUCAACAUUUCACACAUCUCUUUAUUGGCUUAAAAAAGUGUCUUAUGAUGCCAUCAAAAUCCCAAAGUGGUCGCCUCUGUCAGAAAUGCACCCUAUAGAUUAUUACUCUUCUUACACAAAAAACUGCACUGGAAAGUUUACAGAAAGAGAAAUUAAGAAUAUUAGAGCAUUUUAUUAUGCUAUGUGUGCUGAGACAGAUGCCAUGCUUGGUGAAAUUAUUUUGGCUCUUCGCCAGUUAAAUCUUCUUGAGAAAACUAUUGUUAUAUACACCUCAGACCAUGGAGAGCUGGCCAUGGAACAUCGUCAGUUUUAUAAAAUGAGUAUGUACGAAGCUAGUGCCCAUGUUCCACUCUUGAUAAUGGGACCGGGAAUUGAGGCCAACCUACAAGUAUCAGAUGUGGUUUCUCUUGUGGAUAUUUACCCUACUAUGCUUGACAUUGCUGGGAUUCCUCUGCCUCAGAACCUAAGUGGAUACUCUUUGUUGCCAUUAUCAUCAGAAAUGUUUGAGAAUGAACAUAAAUUUAAAAGCCUACAUCCACCCUGGAUUCUGAGUGAAUUCCAUGGAUGCAAUGUGAAUGCGUCCACCUACAUGCUUCGAACUAACCAGUGGAAGUAUAUAGCCUACUCUGACGGUGCUUCAGUAUCUCCUCAACUAUUCGAUAUUUCCUCAGAUCCAGAUGAACUAACAAAUAUUGCUACAAAGUUUCCAGAAAUUACUUAUUCUUUGGAUCAGAAGCUUCGUUCCAUUAUAAACUACCCUAAAGUUUCUGCUUCUGUCCACCAAUACAAUAAAGAGCAGUUUAUCAAGUGGAAACAAAGUAUAGGGCAAAACUAUUCAAAUGUUAUAGCAAAUCUUAGGUGGCAUCAAGACUGGCUGAAAGAACCGAGAAAGUAUGAAAGUGCAAUUGAUCGGUGGCUUAAAACCCACACUCCUCCAAAAAAUAUCUCAACAAAAAUAAGAAAAUAAUGUUCUGGAGCUAUAUAGAAAUAUGUUAAAAGAUAAUGAUUAAGUAUGUGUUUUACAUGUUAGUUUUAAAUGUAAACUUUCAUUACAAGUAUUACUUUUAAAGAAUGUAUAUUAUUUUAAAUAAAAAAUCAUAGAAUUACAGUAUAUAUUUUCAAAAAUGAUUACUAUUAACAUCUCAUUCUUAGCAACUUCUUACAACAUAAUGGAAGUAUUUAAAGGAUAUGGACAGAGCAUCGGCCUGCGGACUGAAGGGUCACAGGUUCUAUUCCAGUCAAGGGCAUGUACUUUGGUUGCAGGCAUAUCCCCAGUAGGAGGUUUGCAGAAGGAAACUGAUUGAUGUUUCUAACUCUAUCCUUCUCCCUCUCCCUUCCUCUGUAAAAAAUCAAUAAAAUAUAUUUUUUUAAAAAAUCUCUUUUAAGGAUAAAAUCAAAUAGAAUAUAAAGUUACAUUGAUCUGAAUAAUAUAAAGUGUAGAAUAACUUUAUUAUUGAUUAUUACUUAUGAACCAUAAAAUAGUAAUUUGUGAGUAUUUGGUGGUAUCUGAUGAAUUAUUUGUAUUUGAUGGGACAUGGAGUAUUUAUGUUUAUGUGGUGCAAGUAUUUGAAAUAAUUGAUGGGAUAUAGACCCUGGAUAUGACUAACUUUAUUAUUGCUUUUUAAAAAAUAGGUGUUAUAUAUAAAAGGUACAAAGGAGUUAACAGUGAACAUGAAGUUUCCCUUCUUUCCCCGUCCCCCAGCCACCCAGUCCCCCUUCCUAGAGACCACUACUAUAACCACCUUCCUAUGUAUUCUUUUAGAGACAGACCAUGCAUCUCCAAACUUCAUAAUCUUACACACACACACACACACACACACGCACACAAAUGGUAGCAUACUAUACAAAAAUAUUCUGCAUCUUGCUCUUUUUCUUUCCCCACUUAACAAUGGGUACCUAGAGGUGAAAUUGCUGGUACAAGACCUAUGUCUAGCAAAACUACACAAAAUGCUACCGAAUUACCCCUAAGAAAUUAUACCAACUUAAAUUCUCAUCCAGCAAUGAAAUGCCCUCACAUCCUUUGCCAACCUGAUAAGUUAAAAAUAUAUUAUUACUUUUAUUUUUAUGAUUAAGGUAUAUUUUCAUAUGCUUACUAGCCAUUGGAAUUUCCUUUACUAUGACCUAUACUAUUUUUCUAUUCUUUGCCCAUUUUUCUUUUGAUGGUUGGCCUUCUUUAUUACAGCUAUGCUUUAGAUAUUAGAUCUUUGUAAGAAAAGCAGAAAGGUUUAUUUUUCCUUUUUGUAAUUUAUCUUUUGACUUUGUUGUGGUGUUUUUGACAUGUAGAAAUUGGUAUUUUCAUGCAAUCAAAUUUAUGAAUAUUUGCUUUUGUAGCUUUGGGAUUUUGUGUCACAUAUAUUUAGAAUGGUCUUCCCCACUUAUCUUCUUUUAGAGUUUUAUUUUUCAUCCUUCUUGACCCAUCUGGAAUGGUUAUCAAUUAGUUUGUUUUAUAAGAUGGCUAUCCAAUUGACCUUUCACUGAGUAAACUAACAUUAAUCCCAUUGGUUAGAAAAUGCCACUUCAUUAUAUAACAUCUGUUAUUGAAUAAAUUAUCUUUCCCUCUA